GGAGGCGGAUGGGUGCCGGGAGCGUUUCGGCAGCGGCGGCGGCGGCCCGGGAUGGCGGAGCGCUUGGAUCACUUAAAACAAUACUACCGAGCGAGAUUCUGUGGGCAAGGAGGAAAGAAGAUCAAUAUACAGCCUGGUGAAAAUGUUCUGAAAUACAUACAGGAUUGUUUUGAAUGUGAUGAUACUGAUGUCAUUGUAAGCUCUCCAGAAGCAACCUGUUUCUCAACUCCUCUUGUCAGAAACCAGGAGAGGACUUCAACACAGAGCCCUAGGCCAGAUGCAGGGUUAACUAACGCGGCAGCAAAUAGAGCCUGUCAUUCCACAGUGUCCUUACCUGCAACGCCAGUGAAGACAGUCAGGAGCAAAGGGGAGCUGUGUGUGUUCUACCCGGAGCCUGGAAGAAACAGUCACAUAGCUGGUUCUGUCAAAACAGACAGUCCUGUGCCAAGAGAAGAAACACAGGUGUUAACAUUCAAAGAUGUUGAAGUACCAUGUGAAAGUCCUGCCAAGUUAUCAGAUCCUGAGGAUGAUCAUGGAGUCGUGGGAUCACCUCUUCUUGUGGAGGAAGCAAAGACUUCUCCUGUACAAACGCAUACGGACUCAAUCGCACCAUCAUCACCUCCUCCUGUCAAAGAUCGAAACGUAGAAAUAGAAAGCGAUUGUGAGUUUUUAAUUGAUGAAUCAGAUUGUCUGUCUUUUAAGUCUUGGUUUUCAAUACCCCACAAGAACAGAAAGUCAAAAAAAGAUGGCUUCGUGACUCCUGUUUUGAAAUCUCAGUCCUCUGAAAAGGAAAAGACAGCAGAUAAGAAAUGCAAGAACAUGAAGGUACGGGCUGAAGUACAUAGUGAACAGAAAAUGAAGAGUGUCGGAGGGCACCGUGACUUGAAAAGAACGUCAGAAUCCCAUCCGGUCUCUUCAGACAGUGGGGGAGAGGUCCUUAAAUCUCAAAUGAGAAGCAGUACUCGUGUGGGAAAAUCGAAACCAGAUGAACUUAAGGGAUCUUCCAAGCAUAGAAAGAAGAUGUCCUAUCAAUCAAAAGCUGAACAGCUGAUGCUAUCUGGGUUGGACUCAGAAGCAUCUGAUGAAGAACAAAAGAUAAGAAGGGUGAUGGCAAAGGAAGAUUUGCCAGUGCCCUCAGCUGAGCAUCAGCAAGAGCAGAUGCUAUCGCCAAAAAGGAAUCUCACUCCUUGCAAGUACCAGCAGUCUGCUUUAAAAGCUUAUCAGCGUUCAGUUCACAGGAAACAAACUAAGCAAAAACUUGCAAAUGAGAAGGUGUUGAAGAGCCAAAGGAAGAAGCUGAAAAAAUCUGAAAAGAGAAAUGGUAAUAAAAAUCCUGAGCCACAGAGAUGGAAGAGUUCUGACAGUGAACCUGGUGAAGAAGGACUUGAAAGGGAGCCCUUAAAAUCAAAUGAAAUGUUUACCUCACCUCCGCAUCAGGAAUUACAGACUUCUGUGCUUCAGAAGUUGGCUAAGUCUGAAAAAGCUGAGAAAGUAUUGCACUCUUUGGAAACAGUUACUGGUGUAAAUAACAAAACUCCUUUAAAAGCUGCAGAGUUACUGCAGCAUCUCGUAGACAGUAAGAAGAAUUCUGAAAAGAAAAGAUCAUCAGUUACGUCUUCAGGGAAGAUGCUCAAAAAGAUUCAUCACAGAGCCCAUAAAAGAGCUUGCUCAAUCAUGGGGGACACUGAGCCUCAAAAUACAACAGAUUCUGACAGCUCUUCUGCACAGGAGGUAGCAAGAAAAAAACACAAGCAAUCAGCUGUGAAAACAAGUAAAAAAAGAAAAAGUAACAGGCACGGGAGACUGCAACAUUCCACUGAAGCUGAGAAAGCUAUGGGUCCUGAAAGCGGGCUUGUUCUAGAACAUUCUGAGAAAUAUACUUCGCCAAGUAAGCACUGUGAAGAGAAUAAUGAAUCUUCAGAUAAUUCUGAAGACCUGCAUUGUCAAAUAAAAAAUCUGCUGUCAGACGAGAUAGGCAGGCAAAAAAUAGUGCUGCCUUCCAACACGCCUAAUGUUCGUCGGACAAAAAGGAUACGACUUAAACCUCUGGAAUAUUGGCGAGGAGAGCGAGUGACCUAUACAUUGAAGCCUUCAGGAAGGCUUUUAAUUAGUGGAAUAGCAGGUGCAGAAGCAGAACCUCAAAUGAAGAAUAAGCCGAAGAGUCAUCAUAAGCAGAAAAGAGCUAGAACAAGAAGUGAGGUAGCGAAAUGUUUGGAUAUCCACCUGGCUGAUGCCUCUAAGCCAACCAGCAUACUGGAUCCAGUAACAAAUCAAGAAGUUCUUCUAGAGUGUGUUAACUCUGGAAGCAGUCACUCAUGUUUCUUCGAAGAUGAAUCAAUAAAAGUAUAUAAAAGUUUGAAUACAUCUGAUUUUGCUGCUGGUAAAUUGAUCUUGAAACCUCUUAAAGAAAAGGGACACCAGUUUGUCCACAUGGAUACAAUAGCUUUCUAUGUUAUCCGUGGCCAGAUUAUUAUCACCUUGCAUAAGACAUCAUAUUACCUGACUUCAGGGGAUUAUUUCUAUGUUCCAGCAGGAAAUGGAUAUAAUGUACGUAAUCUUCUGAAUGAGGAAAGUGUUCUUCAUUUCACACAACUCAAAAAUGACAGUUCCAGAUAUUUGAAUUAUUUCAGAGGUGAUCCUCUGGCUCCUCUCCUUUGAGCUUUGUACAAGGCCUGGCAACGCUCCCAGUUCUCGUGCUGAGUGAAGUGAUGCAAUGCUUCCUUUGGCCUCUGUCCUCUUAAAGACUUCAUAGUUUUAAUCCCAAGAAGGUUGGCUUAGGACAUUACUGGCAAGGUGUUUAUCAUUGUCAUCUGCCUUUUUUCGGACUGCAGAAGCGGAACUGACACCUCUCCAGGCACACAUGGUUGUCCUUGAACCACAUCCCUCAAGCACGAGGCUGGCUCUGCAUUGCUAAAAGAAUCCUUUUCAAUGCCAUUUCACCUGGCCAAGCAUAACACAGAGCAUCAACGUGUGCUUUCUGCACCUCUUGUAGCACUAAUUCAGCAUGCUGGUGAUAUCUUUUGCCUUGGCACAAUUUUUCUGUGGCUCUGCCAUCGCUUAGGCACCACGCCAUGUCCUGAUUUUAUGUUGGCAGCCUAGAGCAGGCAUUCACCUGCUCUUACAUCUUCAUUCCUGUUACCUGUGGGAAUGCUUUUGGCACAGAGGUCUAGCAUGGAAGCAUGUGCCCACUGUUGCGGAUUUGCAUGAGCACAAAUAUCAUGGAAUCAUAGAAUUGUUUGAGUUGGAAGGGACCUUUAAAGGUCAUCUAGCCCAAUUCCCCUGCAAUGAACAGGGGUGCUUACAGCUACAUGCAGUGCUUGGAGCCCUGUCCAGCCUGACAUUGAAUGUCUUCAGAGAUGGGGCAUCCACCACCUCUGGGCAACUUGUCCCAAUGCUUCACUACCUUUACUUUAAAAAACUUCUGAAAUCCCGUCUAACUAUUCCCUCUUACAGUUUGAAGCAAUUUGCCCUUGUCUUGUUAUAGCAGACCCUGCUAAAGAAUCUGUCCCCUUCUUUUUUUAUAGCCCCAUUUUAGGUAUUGAAAGGCUG